ACUGCUUAUUGGAUCUUAAUUUUCUACUACUAGGUACCUAACGAGGUACGCCGCAGCUUGGCCCCCAACAUGGUAAUAUGUAUAGGAUGGGUCUUCCUGGACUUCGCAGCUUAGCGACAGCAGCUAACCAUUGGAGGGUUGAAGGUUGUUAGGUUGUUGGGUCUACCUAGGCUGGUUUGGGGCUGCACCUAUGCCCGUGUUUUUGAACUUGGAAGCAUCUCACGGGAUGAACGUUUUCUUCGUACUACAAGGUAUCAUGUAGCUAAUGCUAAGCUGCAUAUGUACGGGCGGAGUACUAACAACUUCUUUUUCGAGGCAGGUACAUUCCUUCCUUUUCUUACUAGGUUAGGUGCCUACCUAGGUAGUUAGUUAGGGAUAUUAAACAAUAGCUUUGUCUCAGCUUUACAUUCCUAAACCUUCUCUCCUUAUUUCCCGGUCUUUUUGUCUUUCACAAUACGAGACCACAAUAGACUUCUAUCAACCCCAACCUAAAGUCAGACAAUUUGAAUCUUAAGUUUCACUAAAACAUAAUAAAUUCAGCUUGGGCCAAGACCGACCUCAACUUUAGGCCACUAUUCGGUGACAGAUACCCCGCAACCCCAUAACUACCUCCUACUUAGGUACCUAAUAACGGGAGCGCUUCGGGGGAUUCCGCCUGUUCAAGUCGCACGCGCGUCUGUCUGCCAUCUGCCAUCUGCCAUCUGCGUCUGCCCGACAUGUCUCUGAACGUCGGCGACAGCGCACGGCGCGGCCGUACGCCCUCUCCAGCACGCGCUAAUGAAGGUUAUGACCGCCGUCGCGGCCGUGAAAGUUCCCCGUCUCUGCUUGACGCAGUGCGCAUGCCCUCUCCACCUGCUGGGUACAGCUACGAUGACACGGCACCUCGCCGCUCGUACCGCCCGGCUUCACCUACAGACGAGUCCAGUUAUUACCGCGCUAGCCGUGACUCUAUCACCUCGGAAGAUGACCGGCGCUAUUUAAGGCGAAGCGAAGAGCGCGUGUCCAAGGGCGACAAGGAUAUAGUAGAAGUCGCUCAGGAUGCAUUGCGACGAGGUGCCGAUACCUUACUUCCGGCGAAAUACUCGAACAGGUUGCGCGAGUCAGAGAGCGAAAAAGAGCGGAGAAAGGAACUCAAGAAAGAAAAAUUAGAAGAUGACUUGGCCUAUGGUAGUGUCGUGUCUCCCCCGACAACUACCAAAUACUCUGGCGGCCAUUCUCCAUCGCCUUCUGGCGGUGCCGGCUAUUCUGGGCCCGGUCGGUGGGAGGAGGACAGGUCGGGAGACAAGUUCAGAUAUCCCCAGGUGGACACGGUAUAUACGCCACCGGGUUCAGACAGGCCGGAUAAACAACGCCAGCAUGAUUCUUAUGGGCCCGAUACUAUGCCUUGGAGUGCGGCAAUUGUUACUGCCGAAGCCGCUUUGGGUAAUCGUAGAGAUCACUCGUCCAAGCCACCUACUGGGCGGAUGUCUACGUUAACUGUUAACACGGGGCACCAUGCUGCCUCACUCUCUCUAUCAAGCGCGCCGCCAUCGCCACUAUUGGAGUCUUACUAUGGCACUUACCAGUCUAUGUCCCCGAUGCCAUCACCGCUGCUCCUUGCUUCGGAUGACCCCAGAAGGAACUCGGACCUAAUUGAACCUCUCUCGCCAGGUCUUUCUGAUGAAGGCAACGAGAAGAAGCGGCGUCGCGCCCGUUUCCACGACCCUGUUGACGACGCAGCACGCCUAGCUAAAGCUCUCAGGGGUGAUCACCUGCCUCCUGAUACAGAGCCGCUGAUUGAAAUUUUACCUGGAAUGACGCAUGAGCAGAUUAUGGAGCUGCGUGUCGAGUACAAGCGGCUCGUCAAGACCGGUCCCGAACGCAAGGGUGUUAACGUUGCUAAGCAUAUCCGCGUUCGCCUAAAGGAUGAAGAACCCGUCCUCAUGAAGGCAUGCUACACUGUCGCUCUCGGGAAAUGGGAGUCGGAGGCGUACUGGGCCAACUUCUGGUACCAUGGUGAUAAGACACGACGCGAGUUGUUAAUUGAGAGUCUGAUGGGGCGCUCUAACUACGAGAUCGCAAAGAUUAAGGAAGCUUUCUCGGACAAGAAAUACAGAGAUUCACUGACGCUGUGUAUGAAAACCGAGCUGAAGGAGGACAAAUUCAAGCGUGCGGUGCUCACGGCACUGGAAGAGAAGCGGAUGGAGGAUGUGGAUGAGUACGGACGGCGGCUUCCCAUCAAUCAUGAAAUGGUGCAGGAUGACGUUGAAGCUUUGUAUAAGGCCGUUCGCAGCGACAGAGGUGGAGAAUCUGCCAUGAUCCAAAUAGUUAUCUCGAGAAGCGAUAACCACUUGAAAGAAGUUCUCAGGCUCUACGAGAAGGUUGUUGGUGGUAAUUUUGCUCGGGACGCGCUAAAAAAGAGCGGAAAUCUUGUGGGCGAGCUCCUAGCUCAUGUCCUCAAUGGAGUUAUUAACAAGCCUGUCCGCGACGCACUCCUUCUCCAUCACGCCCUCACCGCUUCCAGGAAGGAUCAACUACGUCGGGAACUCCUGAUCUCUCGUCUCGUUCGCUUCCAUUGGGACCGCCACCAUAUGGCAGCUAUUAAGAGGGCUUAUCGCGAACGCUACGGCGAAGAGCUAGCCGAUGCCGUAAAGGAGGGAACUAGCGGCGGCUGGGGGUCAUUCUGCCAGCAGCUCGUUGUCACUCGCAUGCCCGAUGAUGUGAAGAGCUUUGAGAAAGUUGAAGCUGUGAAGGAGAUUAAGCGAUCGGAUCGAGAGAAAGAAGAGAGGAUUAGAGAAAGAGAGCGUGAGAUGGACCGCGAAAGCGAGAAGGAGAGGGAACGAGAGGAGAGACAUAGACGAAAGGAGAAGGAGAAGGAUAGGGAGCGGAGGCGGGAGAAAGAGAGAAGUGAAGGAUUGCUUGUUGUUAAGGACCACAAGCACAGGGACGGAAGUCGCAGUCGAGAGAGGAGCAGAAGCCGGGCGCGGGAGUAAGAGGAGUUUUGGACCAGCCGGAUAUCAAUUUAUCAAUUUACUAAUGAGGUCGAGCCAUGCACAGCCGAGCUGCGAUAUAGAAUGAUUGGACGAAGACCAAGAUUAACGAAGAUUGCGCCGGGAAAUACAAUGGGAAGUUGCCUAAUAUGUAGGUAUAUAUCGAUAAACCAUAUGAGGUACUUUAUAUAGAAAAGCCCAAUAUAUACCCAAUAUGACGAUAUUGUAUGCCCCAAG